CCCUGAGUUUCGUGAAAAGGAACUGGGACACCCAGUAUUUUUCAUACUACAAUCAAUUUAAAAAGCCAUGAGCUAUGCCAAGAUUCGAACACAGAACCGCUAGCGUAGCAUAAAUUGCACUUGGCUACUGCAAUCAUACUAAGAGUCAUACAAAUUCUUUGUCAAAGAUUUGUCCAUUACGGCAAUAUGCCAAGUGGCUUUGGACAUGGAGAGCAUACAAGCCCGAGUAAGAUAAUUUAUCACUGAUCCCAAAAAGGUUAAGAUAAGGUGACCAGGCUGUCACCCACUGGAUUGAUGUAGAUUAGGGGUGACACCUGAGGGACAGUUGUUCGGCAGAAGGCAGGAGCAACGGAGGAGGCGCCAAGGGCCUUUACAUGCUCCUAAGACAUUGGUUAGUGGAGAAGGGCUCUAAACUAUACCACGCUUCUUUUAAGGUUAAAUAGAUAAUUUUCCUGUGUUAUCUUUUGGACAGUCGCGUUUUUGGGAUGCACUUAAUUAAUAAUUAUUGAAAAUAUAAGCUGGUACCCAUCUUAGCAUAACUCAAUAAUAGUUGUUAAAACAAGUUAAAAAUAGUUGUAAGGAAUUUCAAACAUAUAUUGGAAAUAAGGCUGUAAAUCUGUCGGGUCACCCAACCCAGUUUCCCACAAGCCUGGAAGUCAUAGAAACCCGCCAGAUAAAUAGCCCCAAUAAAUAACGAAGCCCAAGAAGUUAUUUAGGGUGGAAAUGUUCAUCAAGGUGUGGGAUAUUAAAUUUUGUAGCUCACAGGGUCAGUCAAAGGACAUUGCCUAGAGCUGAGAUGAGUUGAAGAGUCGACUAUUGAGUGUCUCAGAAGCAGCAGACGGGACAGACUCAGUCGGCCAAAACCAGGAGGACUCAAGCAGCCAUUUUCAGUCGGGGACACAGCCAGCAAGGACCUAGUCAUUGCGUCAAGUCGAACAGUCGACUUGAGGAUCCAGUAAGCUGUGGAAAGAAGAUCCUGGAAAAGGCUGAAGAAUGUGGAAGCUGGUGUUGGCAAGCAUCAUUUGGAGAUCACUUCAAUUUUGUCUUGGGUUUUGGCACUGGAAUUGAGCACAUUCUCUGCUAUAAAUGGGCAUGAUAUAACAAAAGGAAAAGUUUAUAUAAACUUAAAUUCUUCAGCAUACUACAUGGGUCAUUUUUGGCAUAAUAGCGGUUUGAGCCCUCCUAACUCUGAACCUGACACUGUCCGAAACUAUCUACUUUCCUCUGAUAUGAAGAAAAACUUAAUGUAUAUUUCUGGACUUCCUACAGGAGCUAUAAAAUAUGAACGUAUACAUUGGUUGUUCAGUCUUGUCUCUUUCGAUGUUGAAACAACAAGUUUCAACUUUACACUACUCGAUGAACUGAUGGACUGGAUGAAAACGUUAGACUUACUUCCGAUAUUUGAGAUGAUGGGCACCCCGGUUAAUAGUGAACAGUUUUUAAAAUUGAAUAAGCCAUGGAAACAUUUGUGUUACAAUACAGUUAAACAUUAUUGUGAACGAUUUGGGUUAAACUACGUUCAAAAAUGGAAGUUUGAAUUCUGGAAUGAAAUCGACUCAAAACAAUAUAAUGUUUUUGGUUUUAGUAUUGUAGAGUAUCUGAAUUAUAUUAAGGAAUGUACAGUUGGAAUUCACAAAGUAUCAAAAUCAUUUACUGUAAUGGGACCUGCAGGAGUUUUAAAACCAUGGACAAAUUAUUCAGCCAGUUUCUUGAAGUUUUGCCAUGAAAAACAAACUCUUUGCAAUUUAACUUAUAUCACUUACCAUCAAAAAGGUUACCCCAUGUACAUAAAAGAUGGAGCAAUUAAAUAUAGAAAUAAUUUAAACAAAUUGUAUCCUAAAUUUGCUGGAUUACAGAUGGCUAAUGAUGAAGCUGAUACUAUGACUGGAUGGUGGAAAGCUACACCUUGGAGAGAAGAUGUAAGAUACGCAUCCAAAAUGGGUAGAAUGGUGUAUCUGUUGUAUAAAUCCGCCUGGAAGGCUGAUAUAAAUUUUACCUCUUUUGAUAACUCCUUUCUGAAUCAAGAGCCUUUUACUUUUGAACAAAGAACGCUUUUGGCAAGGUUUACCAUUAAUCAUGAUACUAGCCAUCAUCAAUUUUUUGAAAAGCCCAGCUACAGUGUAAUGGGCCUGAUGCAAAUGCUGGGUGAUUACGUUAUAACAGCUCGACGACAUCGUAUCAACAAAAAUGUAACAUAUGUAUUUACAUCAGUAUCCAAAAAUGCCCCUUCGAGGAUCUCAGGAAUCAUUGUAGGAACAAAUGAUUUUGAUAUGAAUGAGGAUAAAAGUACAGCGAUUCUAUUUAAAUUUAAUGUCCCAGAGACAUGGAAAAAUGAAGUGAAAUAUGCUGUCUAUAUGAUCAGUAAUCUUUUGCCACAUCCAGCUAAGACUUUUCAUGACUUAAAUAAUCCUUCUUCACCUUCUGCCUAUCAAAGGAAAUUGAUUAGAAACUCACAAGGUCCACAUCUUAUAUCUCAAGGUAUAGCAAAGGGGCAAAUAAAUCUCUCUCUUAAUAUCAGCAACCCGUCAGUGACUUUAAUAAAUAUGUGUCAUAUAACAUCACAAGGGCCAAUCAAGGUUACAAAUUUGCUGGCAAUAAAUAUUACAUUCAAUGAAGUCUUGUUGAUUUGGAAAGACAACGACAAUGUCAACAGUUGCAUUAAAACUUAUAUUGUUCAAUUCCAAAGAGAAGGGAGUGAUUCAUUCAUAAGGAUCAAUAACAAAGAUACAUUUUUUUGCCACUUCCACUAUGCUGCGCAAGAAGAUUUUCUAAAUUACUUUACUUAUAAAAAUAAUUCACAACAUUUGAACUAUAUUCCAAAUGAAAUCGACGAGUUAACUAGGGGAAAAUAUCGUGUUGUUGCUGUUGACUAUUGGGACCAGAAAAGCGAAUUUUCCGACGAGCUUUAUUAUUGAUUAUGUUCAAUGUAUUUUUAUGUAAGGAUUUUUGUUUAAAAAAAUAAAUUUAUAAAGACUUUUCUGCUUUUGUUUAGUACAAUUAAACCAUUUUAAAAUACAUUUUGCAUACUAUAAUCGAUUAAAAAGCCAUGGCCUCUGCCAGGAUUUGAACCCAGGACUUCUAAGCCAUGAGCCAGAAGCCCUAACCACUCAGCCAAUGCG